UCCACUUCCGGAUGUUCCCGCAUGAAAAAUACAAAAUUUCACAACUUAUUGCAAUUUCUCUGUUUACAUGAGAAAUUGAAGUCUAAUCAAAGUUUCAUUACAUGGUGUUAAAGUUAUGUUACCCACGGAUUCGAAGACGGCAUAUGGCGUAGCCAUAGGUGUUGGUAUAGGACUUUGUUUUGGAAUGGUACUUGGGCCAAAAAUUAUGAGAAAUUUUUACAGAAUGUCAGGAAGAGCUUCCAGGAAAGUGAAAGAAGAAGCUUGUAGAGGAGCUUCUAAUGAAAAUGAGAUGCCGAUGCCAAGUGAUAGUGGAGAAUUGAAACUUGUAAUGGUCAUCAGAUCAGAUCUAAAAAUGGGGAAAGGAAAGAUGGCAGCACAAUGUUCACAUGCAGCAGUUGGAGCUUAUAUGAAGUUAGCCAUGAAAAACCCUGUCUUGUGUGAACAAUGGGUUAUGAUGGGACAGCCUAAAGUUGUCACAAAAAUUGAUAGUGAAGAAGGGCUUAUUGAAUUAUUAAAGCAAGCAAGGGCACUAGGACUUAACUAUAGCAUAAUAAAGGAUGCUGGUAGGACACAAAUAGCUCCAGGGUCUACUACUACGCUAGGAGUUGGACCAGGUCCAGAAGAACUUAUAAACAAAGUAACAGGACAUUUAAAACUUUUAUGAUACUGGGUAGUGUAUCAUAUUUUGGAUAUAUAUCUAGGAAAUUUGAAGCCUCAAUACACUGCACCCGCUAAACUAUAUGUUCUAGUAUAGGAUUUGGAAUUCUACACCCCUCCUAAUUGAAGAGCUCAAGUGGUCAUCGGAGAAUUGCGAACUCUCAUUAACUAUAUACAUGACUUCCUUAAUAUCUUAUGGAGGGAAACAGCAAGGAUACAGUAGCUCUUCAAAUACUGAGUGAAGGAAUUUUCUAGCCUCUCUGUUUGAAGAAGUUUAACUGGUAUUCUUGAACACUUCCUGUUGGCAUGCAUCCUGGUAUAAAUAAUAGAGCCAGAGAAUGCUCUUACCCAGAAUUCAAAGAUGAACCGUUCAUCUUUGAAUUGUGGAUUAUUUCCCCCUC